CACUUCGUCACACUCCCCCCCGGUGACCCAUAAUCGAUGGCGGAGGCCGUGCGCCCCGAGGACUACUGCAACGAGCCGGUGGAGGACGAGUUCGGAGAGAUCAUCAAGUGUCGAUCUGAUGAAAGAGAAGACGUCCAGAAGAAGACUUUCACAAAAUGGGUGAAUUCACAGUUGGCUAAGACAGGGAAACUCCCCGUGGAGGAUCUAUUCUCAGAUCUGUGUGAUGGAAGACGCCUGCUGGAGCUGUUGGAGGGGCUGGCGGGACGUGAGCUGGUGAGGUUGGAGAGGGGAUUCACACGCGUUCACUCGCUCAACAAUGUCAACCGCGCUCUGCAGAUCCUGCAGAAGAACAACGUGGAAUUGGUGAACAUCGGAGCGACAGACAUUGUUGAUGGAAAUCACAAACUGAUCCUCGGGCUCAUCUGGAGCAUCAUUCUCCACUGGCAGGUAAAGGAUGUGAUGAAGGAUGUGAUGGCGGGCCUACAGCAGACCAACACUGAGAAGAUCCUGCUGAGUUGGGUCCGUGAGAACACGCGCCAGUACCCUCAGGUCAAUGUGGUUAACUUCUCCAGCAGUUGGAAUGAUGGAUUGGCCUUCAAUGCCCUCAUCCACAGCCACAGACCUGAGCUAUUCGACUGGAGCUCGGUGGAGAAGAAGACGUCUGCGAUCGACAGACUGGAACACGCCUUCAAUAAGGCCGAGCAGCACCUGGGGAUAGUCAGGCUGCUGGACCCCGAGGAUGUGGCGGUGCCUCACCCUGACAAGAAGAGCGUCAUCAUGUACGUGACGUCACUUUUCCAGGUACUGCCCCAAAGCGUUUCCAUGGAAGCCAUCAAAGAGGUCGAGACGUUGCCACGGGUGUCCGCUUCCAGCGUUGCUCGGGUGACGACCGAGGAGCACUACCAGAUUCAGACCCAGCAGCGCUUCUCCCAGCAGAUCACAGUGAGUGUGGCUCAGGGCCGAGUGCGGAGCCCCUCUCCUCAGCCUCGCUAUAAAAGCUAUGCCUACACCCAGGCUGCGUAUGUCCAGUCGCCCGAGCAAAAGAGGAGGCGUGUUACUGAUCAGUUCCUGAGUCCCGGCCAGGAGGAGCUGCAGCGAGGCCUGAGUCCUCUUCCCCCGGGCUCCACCAGCCUGGAGAACUACCAGGCCGCACUGGAGGAGGUGUUGACAUGGCUGUUGUCUGCUGAAGAUGGGCUCCAGGGCCAGCCUUCCAUCUCUGACAAUGUGGAGGAGGUGAAGGAGCAGUUUCACACUCACGAGGGGUACAUGGUGGAGCUGACCACCCACCAAGGCAAUGUGGGGCGGGUGCUCCGGGCCGGCGCCGCCCUACUGGCCGAGGGGAACCUGAGUGAAGACGAGGACUCGGAAGUCAGGGAGCAGAUGAACCUCCUCAACGCCCGGUGGGAGCACCUGAGAGUUGCAAGCAUGGAGAGACAGAGCAGACUCCACGAGGUCCUGAUGGACCUGCAGCACCAGCAGUUAAAGCACCUCACGGACUGGCUGGAUUUGACCGAGGCACGGAUUAAGAGGAUGGGGGCCCAACCGCUGGGUCCUGACCUGGAGGAUGUCAAGCACCAAGUGGAGGAGCAUAAGCUGCUGCAGGAGGACCUGGAGCAGGAGCAGGUCAGGGUGAACUCUCUGACCCACAUGGUGGUGGUGGUGGACGAGACCAGCGGAGACAGUGCCACGGCCGCUUUGGAGACCAAGCUACAGGUGCUAGGUGACCGCUGGGCAGCCAUUUGUAGGUGGACAGAAGAACGCUGGAUUCUGCUUCAGGACAUUUUACUGAAAUGGCAGCACUUCACUAAUGAACAGUGUCUGUUUGACUCGUGGCUGACUCAGAAGGAGGAGCUGGUUCACUCCAUCAAGACUUUCAACCUGAAGGACCAGGCGGAGAUGGUGACCUGCCUCCGCCGUCUAGCUGCGGUGAAAGCGGAUCUGGAGGCCAAGCGUCCCGCCAUGGACAAGCUGUGCUCCAUGAGUCAGGACCUGCUAUCCAGCGUCAAGAACAAAGAGGUGGCCAGCAAACUGGAGGCGCGGCUGGACAGCUUCGCCCAGCGCUGGGACCGACUGAUCCAGAGUCUGGAGACCAGCAGCUUCCAGCUCUCAUCGGCCGCCAGCACGGUCCAACAGUCCGAGCUGACCCACUCCGUCACGGCGACCGUUACCAAGGUGGUAUCCAGGGAGAAGGUGCCGGCUGCGGUGCGGCAGACCAGGGAGUCCCCGCCCCCACAGAAGAAGAGACAAGUCGUGGUGGAUUCUGAGCUCCGGAAAAGUUCCAUGCACCCCUUUCUGCUGUCUUAUCUCAGCAGGUUUGACGUGGACUUCACAGAGGUCCACAGCUACAUGACCCGCGGCGAGGCCAUCCUGCAGAGCCCCGAGUUCUCUGUGUCACGCAAGGACGGCAGCAUUCAGGAGCUGCGGGACAAAGUGCAGGCGAUAGAGAGAGAGCGGCCGGAGAAGUACCGUAAGCUCCAGGAAGCGACGCGCACGGCGCAGACCUUGGUCGAGCAGGAGGGGAGUCGUGCUGAUGACAUUGCACAGGCAGCGGAGCAACUGAACCAGCGCUGGUCGGGAUUCUGUGUCCUGUUGGCCGAAAGGGUGGCCUGGUUGGCUUACCAGACGAAGGUGCUGGCCUUCUACGGCUUGUAUGAGCAGUGUGAUCAGGCUGUGGACGCCAGUGAGAACUGGCUCAAAGUCCAGGCGCCACCAGCAUCCGAACCAGAACCGCUCAAAGCACAGCUGGAUCGAUGCCGGGAGGAGGUGACUCGCCUGGCCUCCCUGCAGCCCCAGGUGGAGCUUCUAGAGGCUCAGCUGAAGGAGCUGAGAGAAGAGAAGGAGGGGGAGGAGGACCCCUCGGCCUUCCUGGACGCCGACGUCGUUGCCUUCAAAGAGCACUACCACAAGGUCCUGGAGGAUCUGAGGGCGAGAGAGAAGCACUUACAUCUGGUUUUGGAGAGCUUGCCCCCGGCUCGUUACAAGGAAACCAUAUUGACACUGUUGGCAUGGUUACAGCAGUGCGAGGCCAAGCUGGCCGUUCCCUCCACGGCUGUGACGGAGCUUCCUGUAAUGGAACAGAGGCAGAAAGACGUUCAGGCCCUCCAGGUGGCUCUGGCUGAACACCAAGGGGAGGUGGACUACCUGACCUCAGCGGUGGAGCAGGUCUUCCAAAAAGCUCCACCUGACAUCAGCCAAAAGUAUCGCAUGGAGAUGGAAUCUGUCCUGGCGCGUUGGAGGCGACUGGGAGCCACGCUGACGGACAACGGCCAGAGACUCAAAGAGCUCACGGCCAAGCUGCUGCAGUUUGAGAACGACGUCAGGACUUUGAAGAAGUGGAUGGCCGACGUGGACGUGUUCCUGAACGAGGAGUGGCCGGCCCUGGGAGACUCCGAAGCUCUGGAGAAGCAGCUGGAGCAGUGCACGGCUCUGGUGAAUGACAUCCACACCAUUCAACCCAGCGUCAAUGGCAUCAACGAAGUGGGUCUGUACCUAAAGAAAGAAGCCGAGCCCCCCUUCGCCAUCCACAUCCAGAAAGAACUGGACGAGCUCAACGGCCAGUGGGAGAAUGUCUGCAAACAGGCUUACGCUAAGAAGUCGGCACUGAAAGGCGGCCUCGAUAAGACCAUGGCCCUGAGGAAGGAGAUGCAGGAGAUGCAGGAGUGGAUCAACCAGGCCGAGGAGGACUACCUAGAGAGGGACUUCACGUACAAGACGCCGGAAGACCUACGCAGGGCUGUGGAGGAGCUCAAGAGGGCCCAGGAGGAGGUCCACUCCAAGGAGCUGAAGGUCAAGCUCCUGACCGACAGCGUCAACAGCUUCAUCGCCAAGGCUCCGCCCACGGCCCACGAUGCCUUGCGCUCUGAGUUGGAUGUGCUGACGGCAAACUACCAGCGCCUGUGCAGCAGGCUGGACGGGAAAUGCAAAACUCUGGAGGAGGUGUGGGCGUGCUGGUGCGAGUUGCUCUCCUACUUGGAGCAGGAAAACGCCUUCCUGGACCAGCUGGAGCAGAAGCUGGACGAGACGGAAAACCUCCAGGGAGGAGCGGAGGAGCUGCAGGAGGCCCUCGAUGGCCUGGAGGUUCUUCUGCGCCACCCGGAGGACAACAGGAACCAGAUCCGGGAGCUGGCCCAGACGCUGAUGGACGGAGGCGUUCUGGAUGAGAUAAUCCAGCAUAAACUGGACCUUUUCAACGCGCGGUGGGACGAGCUCAUGUCCAGGGCGGUCCUAAGGCAGAAGGAGCUGGAGAAGAGCGUCCAGAGGGCUCAGGAGAACGACAAGACCCUGAGGAACAUCCAGGACUCACUGGCCCACACCGACCGCCACCUCACUGCGUACCUGGCCGACCACAUCGACGCUCUGCAGAUACCGCAGGAGGCUCAGAAAAUCCAGUCGGAGCUUAGCGGCCAUGAAGCGACCCUGGAGGACAUGAGGAAGAAGAACGAGGACAAGAAGCCGUCCCACAGGAUCCUGGGACAGAUCGACCUUACCCAGAAAAUGCUGACCGACGUGUGGACCAAGUUCCGGCUCUUCCAGAAGCCGGCCAACUUUGACACCCGCCUGGCCGAGUGCGAGCGCCUGCUGGCCGGAGUCAAGAGCCAGGUGGGGGUGCUGGACAUCCGGAGCGUGGAGCAGGACGUGGUGCAGUCGCAGCUGGACCAGUGCAUGAAGUUGUAUAAGGUGCUGAGCGAAGUGAAAGGGGAGGUGGAGACGGUGAUCAAAGCGGGGAGACAGGUAGUCCAGAAGCAGCAGACGGAGCAGCCCAAGGAUCUGGACGACAGGGUGACCGCCCUCAAGCUGCUCUACAACCAGCUGGGCUCUCAGGUCACUGAGAGUAAACUGGAGCUGGAGAAGAGUCUGAAGUUGUCCAGGAAGCUGCGCAAGGAGCUGAACGGGCUGACGGAGUGGCUCGCCGCCACCGACGGCGAGCUGACGCGGCGCUCCGCUGUGGACGGCAUGCCUGGCGACCUGGAGGCCGAGGUGGCGUGGGCGCAGUCCGUCCACGGGGAGACUGAGAGGCGCCAGCCGCAGCUGCAGACCGUGGCGGAGCUCGCCGAGGCCCUCAAGGCGGUGCUGCGGGGCCACGGGGGCCUGGUGGAUGACAAAGUCAGUCUGCUGCACUGCAACUGGAUCGCGGUCACGUCCAGAGCGGAAGAGUGGCUCAACCUGCUGCUGGACUACCAGCGGCAGAUGCAGAAGUUGGAUGGAGAGAUAGAGGGAGUGAAUGGGUGGAUUGACGGCGCGGACAAGAAGAUGGACGAGAUAGACAGCCGGGGACCCAACGAUGCUGUGCUCAAGGUGUUGCGAGCGGAGCUGGAGCUGACCAGGCGUAAGGUGGAGGAGGUGAGGAGUCUGGCCCGGGACCUCAUGUCCACACGGGGGGAGAACUGCCAGGCCCAGGUGGGACCCAAAGUGGAGCGGCUCGACCGCAGGUUCGAUACCGUGGCUCAGCGCAUCGCCUCCGGACUGACGGCAGCAUCGGCCAAGGAGCUGGAGCAAUACCACAGCGAAGUACAGAUCUGGCUGGAGCUCCUGGAGGAGGAGGUCAAGCAGGGGGAGAACCUUAAGGAGGAGGACUUCCAGGAGAACAAGGACUGUGAGGAAGGUGCAGUGAAGGAGCUACUGUUAAAGGGCGAGACUCUGCAGAAGAGAGUCCCGAAUCCGGACAAGCGAGAGCAGAUCCGACUGAAGCACAACGAGCUGAAGAGCAAGUACAGCACCGUCAAGGACCUGCGCGUGCUGAGGAACAGGAAGGCGUUGGCCAUCGCUCCUCAGUGGUACCAGUACCGAAGGAAGUCCCACGACCUGCUGGCCUGGCUGGACGACAUCCAGCGCAGCGUGGACCAACUGCCCGACCCCCCCGAGGGAGAGAGGGUGAAGGAAAUUGGCACAGAGUUCGACAAGAAGAAGGAGGACCUUAACCAGGUGCAGGGCUUAGCCAAUCAGCUCUCAGAAGCUGGAGCCACCAAUCUAGUGGAGCCUCGCCAACUCCAGCUCAACACGCGCUGGCUUGAGGUGGAGGGCAGGUUCAUACCCUUCAAGAGACACUGUGAGUACGUCACAGAGCUGCAGGCUCUGCUCCGCUUGGUGUCGGAGACGGACUUCAAGCUGAACUCUCCUGAAUUCUGGCCUGCGGCGUAUUACAACCUGCCUCAGCAGGAACAGUGCCUGAAGGAGGUGAAGGGCAACGUGGAGGACUUGCGGGGCCCGGUGGAGGGAGUGUUGGCCCGCAGAGAGGAGAUGUCGUCGGGGGCGCGACCUCUGGAGAGUCAGAGGAUCAGAGACACAGCCGGCCUCCUCAACGCUAACUGGGACAAACUCAACAAGCUCUACCACGACAGACUGAGGCGUUGGCAGGAUUGCAGCUGCAAGUGGCAGAGGCUGGUUGCAGAUCAGAGGGCGAUGGAGGAGUGGCUGAGUGAAGCCGAAGGCGCUCUGAGGCUGGCCGAGAGCGAGCCAGCGGGACACAAACAGCACCUCAGGGACCUGACGGAGGCCAUACCUCUUCAGGAGGUGGUGCUGUGCAGAGUGAGUGCGGCAGGAGAGGACAUCAGCCAGUUGAGCACGCCAGACGAUGCGUCGCGCCUCCGGACGCAACUCAAGCUACUCGGCGGCCGCUGGGCCAACGUCUGCCAGCAGCUCAACGAGCGCAAGAGGAGGUCAGCGGAGGCGCGCACAGCGACCGCCGAGCUGCAGGAACACAUGGGAUCCAUGCUGGGCUGGUUGGACAGAGCAGAGGGCGUCCUGGCCGCCCCUCUGCAGCCGGCUGAGCCGCAGCACAUCAGAGACACUCUGGGCAAAGUCCAGGCACAUGUGGACGAGCUACCUGCCAAGAGGGCGGCGAUGGAGGUUCUGAACUACCGACACAAACAGAUAUCCCUUCCUGCUGAGAGACAGAGAGACAUCAGGAUCAUCGGCACUCGCUGGGCUCAGGUGUCCGAGGCUCUGCCUGAGCGGCAGCUGGAGCUCGAGGCUCUGCUGAGGGAGCUGGAGAAGCUUCAGGCUCAACUCGACGCCCUCUCGGCCUGGGCGGCAAGCUGUAGGGAAAGGCUGCAGCACGGCCCGGAGGAUCCGCCUGCAAGGCUCAUCGAGGAAGUGAAGGUCAAAGAGCCAGAAGUGGAGUCGGUUCUGAAACGGGCCGAUCAGCUGUACAAGGAAGGUCCUCACGGCCAACCGGACAAGAUGAAGUACGUCCACCUGAGGGAAGACUGGGUUGUGAUCCUGGAGCUGGUGCGGCAGCACAAUGAGAGGAUGGCGGUGCCGCUAGUCGCCAAGAAAGCCAAUGAAAGUCUGACAGGGAGUUCCCUGCCUGACUCUGCAGCACUGGCUCAGUUCAACAAGUCCUGGGCUGAGCUCACCGAUUGGCUGACCAUGCUGGACAACAUGGUGCAGAACAAGCGCGUGGUGGUGGCCGACCUGGAGGACAUCGACGACAACAUCAAUAGCCUCAAGGUGACGAUGCAGGAGCUGGACCAGCGGCGUCCCCUCCUGGAGAGACAGGUUACAGCAGCCCAGAACCUGAAGAACAAGACGAGCAACCAGGAGACCCGCAACGCUAUUACUGAACGCAUUGACAGGCUUCAGACUCACUGGGAGGACUCCCAGACGAAACUCUACGACAGGACAAAGCAGGUCCACAGCAUGCAGCGGGACUCCACCGACUGGCUGGACGCCAAGAAGGGGGUGGAUCCCCUCGUUAAGCGGGCCAGUGAGAGGAUGGAGUGCUGGCAGGAAAUCACGUACACGGUGGACACCUUGAAGAAACAAAAUGCAGAGCUAAAGCUCUUUGCAAGGGAGCUGCAGCAGUGGCAGGGUCAGGUGGAUGAAACCAACGCAUUGGCUGGCAAGCUGCUGACACUUUACGCUAAUGACGACACGCACAAGGUCAUCCAGGUCAACGACAACAUGGUGGUCACCUGGACGCACAUCAACAGGCGAGUUUCGGACCGGGAGGCGGCUCUGGAGGCGGCUCUGAAGUUGCUCCAGCAGUCCUACCUCGACUUGGAGAAGUUCCUCAACUGGCUGACGGAGGCUGAGACCACCUGCAAUGUUUUAAUAGACGCCACCAACAAAGAGAGGAUGCAGGAGCAGCCGGAGGCUGCCAGGAACCUGCUGGCACAGUGGAAGGACCUUCAGGUGGAGAUCGACAGCCAGACGGAGUUGUACCACUCCCUGGAUGAGAACGGCCAGAGGAUCGUGGCCUCGCUCGGGGGCUCGGAGGACGGGGCUCUGCUCCAGAGACGUCUGGACAACAUGAGACAGCGGUGGAGCGACCUGCGUGAAAAGACGCUCGGCAUGAGGGCCCACCUGGACUCUGAGAUGGCCCCGUGGAAGAGGCUCCACAUGUCGCUGCAGGAGCUGCUCAACUGGCUUCGGCUGAGAAGUCAACAGCUGGAGAAGGAGUCGCCGGUCGGGGGCGACGUGCCCGCCGUGCAGUCACAGCUGGACACGCACCGGGGCUUCAGGAGGGAAUUGAGAGCCAAAGAGCCAGUGGUCACCAAGGCUCUGGACGACGUGGAAGUCUUUCUGUCUGGGCUGCCCAGGGACACGCCGUCUCCUGAGCAGAGGGGCAUCAGCCCUGAGGAGCGCGCCCAGAACGUCGGCCGAGUCCUCCGCAAAGAGGCGGACGACUUGGCGACCAGGUGGGACGGGCUUAGCGGCGAUUCGGACGACUGGCAGAGGAGGCUGGAGCUGGCACUGGAUAGGCUGAUGGAGCUCCAGGAGGCGGAGGACCUGCUGGACGGGCAGCUGCGGCAGGCCGCGAUGGUGAAGGAGUCGUGGGAACCUGUGGAUGAAUCCCUGCUGAUCGCCUCCCUGCCGGAGCACAUUGACAGAGUCAAGGAGUUCCAGGAGGAGAUCGCUCCGAUUCAGGACGACGUAACGCACAUGAACCACUUGGCGUCCACUUACGGUCCGCCCGACAUCCAGCUGUCGCCCGGCAACCUGGAGCGCAUCGAAGAUCUCAACACGCGCUGGAGGCUGCUGCAGGUCACCAUGGAUACGGGGAAAAACCACUCAGACAGAAAUGGAUUGAGUGAGGUGGACUCAAAGCUGUCCGUCAAUGAGCAUCUGAAGCAGCUGACGGACGCUCACAGGGACUUUGUCCUUCUGCACGCAGGAUCUGUAGAGAGCCCCUUUGAGCAAGGCACCUCCCCCAAUAACGUGCCCUACUACAUCAAUGACAAAGCUGGAGCUGACCAGAUGACCGAGGCCCUCCACCAAACCCAGACGACAUGCUGGGACCAUCCCAAGAUGGCCGAGCUCUACCAGUCUCUGGCCGACCUGAACAACGUUCGAUUCUCGGCCUACCGGACAGCCAUGAAGCUCAGGCGCCUGCAGAAGGCUCUCUGCUUGGACCUGCUGAGCAUGCCGAUGGCGUGCGAGGUGUUCGAUCAGCACGGCCUGAAGCAGAACGAGCCGCUGCUGGACAUCUCAAUGCUGGUCGCCUGUCUGACCAGCCUCUACCAGCGGCUGGAGCAGAACCACGCCCACCUGGUCAACGUCCCGCUGUGCGUGGACAUGUGCCUCAACUGGCUGCUCAAUGUCUACGACACCGGCCGUACGGGGAAGAUCAGGACGCUGUCUUUCAAAACGGGAAUUAUCUCGCUCUGCAAGGCUCACCUGGAGGAUAAAUACAGAUUUUUGUUCAGGCAAGUCGCCAGCGCCACCGGUUUCUGCGACCAGCGUCGCCUUGGUCUUCUUCUCCACGACUCCAUCCAGAUCCCCCGGCAGCUCGGCGAGGUCGCCUCCUUCGGCGGCUCGAACAUCGAACCGUCAGUCCGCAGCUGCUUCCAGUUUGCCAAUAACAAACCCGAGCUGGAAGCCGCCAUGUUCCUGGACUGGAUGCGCCUGGAGCCCCAGUCCAUGGUGUGGCUGCCCGUUCUGCACCGAGUCGCCGCUGCCGAGACUGCCAAGCACCAGGCCAAGUGCAACAUCUGCAAGGAGUGUCCCAUCAUCGGGUUCAGGUAUCGGAGUCUGAAACAUUUCAACUAUGACAUUUGCCAAAGCUGCUUCUUCUCCGGUCGCGUCGCUAAGGGACACAAGAUGCAGUACCCAAUGGUGGAGUACUGCACUCCGACUACAUCAGGGGAGGAUGUCAGGGACUUUGCCAAGGUGCUGAAGAACAAAUUCAGGACCAAGCGCUACUUUGCCAAACACCCACGAAUGGGCUACCUGCCUGUCCAGACCAUCCUGGAGGGGGACAACAUGGAAACUCCUGUCACCCUGAUCAACUUCUGGCCUGUAGACCAUGCGCCCGGAUCGUCCCCUCAGCUCUCGCACGACGACACGCACACUCGUAUCGAGCACUACGCCAGCCGGUUAGCAGAAAUGGAGAAUCGUAACGGCUCUUAUCUGAAUGACAGUAUCUCCCCCAAUGAGAGCAUCGAUGACGAGCACAUGUUGAUCCAGCACUACUGCCAGUCUCUGAACCAAGGCUCUCCCCUCAGCCAACCCCGAAGCCCCGCCCAGAUCCUCAUCUCCAUGGAGACGGAGGAGAAGGGCGAGCUGGAGAGGGUCCUCAAUGACCUGGAACAAGAGAACAGGAAGCUGCUGUCCGAGUACGACCGCCUGAAGAAGGCCCACGACAGGAAGGGCCUGUCCCCUCUGCCGUCGCCCCCGGAGAUGCUGCCGGCGUCGCCGCAGAGCGCCCGCGACGCCGAGCUCAUUGCCGAGGCCAAGCUGCUGCGGCAGCACAAGGGGCGCCUCGAGGCCCGCAUGCAGAUCCUGGAGGACCACAACAAACAGCUGGAGUCCCAACUGCACCGGCUGAGGCAGCUGCUGGAGCAGACGGAUUCCAAGGUGAACGGCACAGCGCUGUCCUCUCCUUCCACCUCCUCUCAGCGCUCCGACUCCUCCCUCCCUCUGCUACGUGUGGCUGCCAGCCAGACUACUGACACAAUGGGUGAUGACGAGCUGUCCAGCCCCUCCCAAGAUGCAUCAGGGUUGGAAGAAGUGAUGGAACAGCUCAAUAAUUCGUUUCCACACAGCCAGGGUCGCAGCAUUGGCAGCUUGUUCCACAUGGCCGACGAUCUGGGCCGCGCCAUGGAGUCACUGGUCAGCGUGAUGACACACGAGCAGAGCGCCAAACAGCAGGAGGCCCUGCCCUACUGACCGGACCCUCAUCCCCCGCGUCCUCCCUCUCUCCCUAAAAACGCAUGCUUUUUUUCUAUUCAUAUCGACUGAAUUGGAAAAGUUUACAAAGAGAAUAUAUAACGUCUAUUUUUAUGAAGGAUUGCAGUUCCAGCAAAAAAAAAAACUAAAGAAAAACGUGUACAUUUCAGUAGUUUCUUAAAACGUCCUGAAAUAGUUUUAUUAAUAACAGAAGCUGGUUUUUAAACUUCUAUGCAAUGUAUAAAACGAGUACGAGAUGGGGUGGGUGGGCAAAGUGAGGUGAGCUACAGAUGGGUGUGUUCAGUGCAGUUGAAUAUUUGCCAUCUCUUUGUAAUUGCGGGAAAAAAGCAAAAGCAUUUCAGAUAUUUGUAUCAAAAAAUAGAAUGAUUGUAAUCAUAAGGGUGCUUUCUAAGAGGAAAAUGUCUUUCGAUAACAGCGUACACUACUGUCAAGGCAAUGCAGGCAUCCUGGAUCUUUACAGUACGUUGUCAGUGCAACUGUGUGAGUUUGUUUGCGUGUGCGUUUGUGUGGUCGUGCCUAAUUUCCACAUUAUACAACAGCUUUUUUUCUGCUUUUUGGGGCGGGGGGGGGGGUUGGUCUGACAAACCUCAAAACCUUUGAAUUAUUCAUUCAUCCGUCCAUCGCUCCAUCCAUCGAUCAGCAUCUCCAUGGCAACGUGUUUUUGAUGGCGGUACUGGUUUUCGGCACAGGGUGCUUCAAAUCAAACAAAUCUAUUUGAAGACUAUUUGCCAACAAUUGAGCUACAUUGUUGAAAAGAGUAUCAAUUUUUUUUUUUUUUCUCAAGUAGUCGGGGGGCAAGGAAUUGGUUUGUUUUUUCUCUCUGUGGAAUUUUCUUCCACGGGGGGAUUUCCAGCACCCCUUUUAACUUGAUUGCCCCCUGAAGGAGUAAAACACUGGAUCCUACAUUUCCCACAAUGCAACUUCAGUGGAACUCAUUGAUGGCUGUGUUGGGACACUGACCAUGUUUACAUCCACUAAAUCUUCCCUAUUUUGAAAGACAGUAUUCCUAACUGGUUUGUAUUGGCUAAUGAAACAAAAAAUGUGCUUAUAUUCCUGUUCCGUUGUUUAUCACGUAGGGACAAGUGGAACGUCAUUGUUUGUUUGGACUGACUGGUUGUUGGAUGUCGUCUCCUACUUUCAUCCUUUCAACCACCCUUUUGGAUAAACGCUGUGAUAUUUGCACAUAUGAAGGAAUCCUGUUUAUUGGAGUCCUUCGUCUUGCUUAGAAGUACGGUGUGUUUAUCCUUUAGGCUUUUGGACACGUGUCGCACUGGGAAUGAAAGCCGCGUGUAAAAAACAACAACCUAAUCCAAAUAUUGCCCAUAAACAUGAGAAAUGUUUGCUGAUUCCACUGUCAUAAAUGGAAAAUGCUCAUUUCAUAACAUGGCCUAAUUUAGAAUAUCUAUAGAAAGUAUUUUAUUAACAUGAGCCAAGUCAAAUUUUGAAUAUUGUCCUAAAUAAUAGUGGAAUCGUGCAUGUAAACGUAGUCAGUGAUGUGUGGAAUAAACGGUCAUCUUCUUGAAGCUGCCGAUAUGUGCGGUUAAAAGAGGAACACAUCUCCAAGACUUCCUGCUUAUUGCACUUGUACAACUUAAGUGAGGAUUUGAUCCCAAAAAGAAGCAUUUUCUCACCGUCUUAGGCCUGUGGAGUACACACAGUACUCGCAGUACUCCGCGUACAGGAGUACCAGUGGGCCGAUCCUCCCUGUCAGAAGUACUGCUGUAGGGAGAAGAAUGUGAUCUUGAAUGAAAUGGAGCUCCGUCCCUCAGAGCGCUGACGGAGGAGCCGCCCGAGCCGAAUGUUGGGAUGCAUUCACCGCAUCGCUCACCUCUUCUGAGAUUCACCCCUCCAAUAUGAACGUGUAGGGGAAUCCGUGCACACUACUGUCACACCUGGGUCAUGCUAGACGUUUGUUUUCUGCGUGGAGGUUUUAUUCUAUCUGUGUCUUUGUCUUUGGUUAAAAAUGCUUUUUUUUUUUUUGUGUGUGCCGUGUGAUGUGUUCUGAUAUUAGCAUGUGUGACUGAAUAAACUCCGAUCUUUAUUUAAUGUACAACCACUCCGGUGCGUGAUGCCCUUUGUGUUAUCGUAUUCUUGCAGCGCGAUCGAAGAGGAUUUGUUUUAUUUUUUGAUCCAGACACUGAAUUGUUUUUUUUUCUUCAUUUCUAACAUGAAAUAACACGACAAUACUUCACAACAUAUCAGAUUCCACCAAAUAUAUGCCUUACUACUGUAUUAUAAAAUGCUUUACUGUGUAUCAAUAAAGCACGCAGUUAUGUUGAUUUGA